AUGACUGGAACCGGAGCUCCUUCUGGAGGAUCUAGCACUGGGUACGGAGGGGCGCCCCAACACCGAUCUUACGAGGAGCGCGCAGCUGCCAGAGAGCAGAUGAUGAGCAACAUUCGGGAAACGUCCCAGCAGGACCGCCGCGUCUAUGUUGGCAACCUCUCAUACGACGUCAAAUGGCAUCAUCUCAAGGACUUUAUGCGACAGGCCGGAGAAGUUCUCUUCGCCGACGUGCUAUUACUUCCAAACGGAAUGUCGAAGGUGGGCGUCUACACAAUUGUGGAAUAUGCGACACGGGAGCAAGCCCAGAACGCUGUGGCGACGCUUAGCAACCAGAACCUUAUGGGCCGUCUUGUUUACGUUCGAGAAGACCGCGAGGCUGAACCUCGCUUCAUCGGCGCUACGGCCAAUCGCGGCGGCUUCGGCGGCGGUGGUGCCGGCGGCGGAAUGAACCCUGGUGGCUUCGGCGGCGGCGGAGGCGGCGGCGGAUUCAACGCCGGUGGUAGCCGUCAGGUUUACGUGGCCAACCUGCCUUACACCGUAGGAUGGCAGGAUCUCAAAGAUCUCUUUAGGCAAGCUGCUCGCAACGGAGUCGUUAUUCGCGCCGACGUACACUUGGGCCCCGAUGGGCGCCCGAAGGGAUCCGGAAUCGUAGUGUUUGAGAACCCUGACGACGCCCGCAACGCUAUCCAACAGUUCAGCGGCUACGAAUGGCAGGGCCGAAUGCUUGAGGUUCGCGAAGACAGGUUUGCUGGUGCCGGCGGCCCCAUGGGCUUCGGCGGCCGGGGCGGCUUCGGUGGCAUGCGAGGUGGCUUCGGUGGCGGUUACGGUCGUGGCGGCUUUGGCGGCGGCCGUGGUGGCUUCGGCGGCGGCGGCGGCUACGGUCGCGGUGGCUUCCAAGGAGGAGGAGGACCUGGAGGUGGUGGCGGCGGCGGCGGCGGAGGCUUCGAUGCCGGCAAUGCAUCCUCCGUUCCCCCGAACCCCUUCACCGAUUUCGCCACAGCUGGAACUGAUCGCAGCGAGACAAUCUACGUGCGCAACCUGCCCUGGUCCACCAGCAACGACGACCUCGUGGAGCUCUUCACCACUAUUGGAAAGGUUGAGCAGGCCGAGAUUCAGUACGAGCCUAGCGGACGCUCUCGUGGCACCGGUGUGGUACGCUUCGACUCGGCAGAGACCGCCGAGACUGCGAUUGCCAAAUUUCAGGGUUACCAAUACGGCGGUCGUCCUCUGGGCCUGAGCUUCGUCCGAUAUCUGAACGCGGCUGGCGGUGGCGAUAGUAUGGAGACCGACGCGCAUGCUGGCUUGACGCAGGACCAGAUCAUGUAG